CAGUGUUAUUCAUCUAUAAGUAAUACCAACAAUGUUAUUGUUAAAAGUAAAGGAUGUUUUGACAGAGAUAGCAGCAGUCAAAUGUCCUGUCACAGUAAAAAUCAUGUUGGUGCUGUAUCCUGUUGCCAAGGAAACUGGUGUAAUGAUUUGUUAACAGCUACCCUAGCUCCAUUACCAACCAGUGGAAAAGAAGAUGAAAAUGAACUUUUACUUCACCUACCGUUAAUACUAGCUGUUAUAAUACCGAUUAUCAUAGUCAGUAUCUUAAUACCGAUUAUAGUCAUAGCCUGUCGACAUCUACACAAACAAAGAAUGGAUGAACUGUUUCAACGAGAACGCAGGCUAUUAGAUGAAGAUGAUGGGCUCAGAGCAACACAAGUGGGAGAAAGCACAUUACAAGAAAUAUUGGAACAGUCUUGUACUUCUGGUAGUGGCUCAGGUCUUCCAUUUCUGGUCCAACAAACUGUAGCUAGACAAGUUCAACUUCAUGAUUGUAUUGGUAAAGGAAGAUAUGGUGAAGUGUGGAGGGGAUCCUAUCAUGAUGAACCAGUGGCAGUCAAAAUCUUUUCAUCUCGAGACGAGGCCAGUUGGUCACGUGAAACACAGAUAUACAACACUUGUUUAUUACGACACGAAAACAUAUUGGGAUACUACGCAUCUGAUAUGACGUCACGGAAUUCGUGUACACAACUGUGGUUAAUAACCCAUUAUCAUCAUCACGGUUCUCUGUACGAUUAUUUGAUAUCACAUAUAUUAAGCAUCGAAGAAAUGUUAACUUUAUGUUUGACGGCUGCAGCAGGAUUGGUUCAUAUGCAUACGGAAAUAGUUGGUAACCAUGGGAAACCAGCUAUAGCUCAUCGAGAUAUCAAAUCUAAAAAUAUUUUGGUAAAAACCAAUGGUACUGCUGUAAUUGGAGAUCUUGGCCUAGCUGUUACUCACACACAAGAAGAUAAUGUAUUAGAUUUUGGACAUAAUAAUAAAGUUGGUACCAAGCGUUACAUGGCGCCAGAGUUAUUGGAAGAAACAUUAAAUCCAAAUUUCUUUGAUUCCUUCAAAUGUGUGGAUGUCUAUGCUUUUGGUUUGGUUUUAUGGGAAAUCAGUCGAAGAGCUGUUGUUGGAGGUUUCAGUGAAGAUUAUCAGAUACCAUAUUGGGAUGUUGUGCCUAGUGAUCCUAGUUUUGAUGACAUGAAGAAAGUGAUAGUGACUGACUUACAGAGACCUACUAUACCUAAUAGAUGGUCUUCUAAUGAAAUUUUGAUGCAAAUGACAAAACUGAUGAAAGAAUGUUGGGCUCAUAAUCCGAAAGCUCGUUUACCAAUGUUACGUGUGAAAAAGACACUU